AUGUUGCCAACCGAGAUUUCAGGAGGAGUGUGUUUCACCUCAAGCGAUCACACUGAGGGAAGGAGAGAAGGGAUGAAAACAGAGGAGAGCCAGCAGUCCUGUCUGCAGCAGCCUCCAUCCUCAACGCCUUUCGGUCCGGAGUACAGGCGCGGGGGAGAGGUGUGCGCGGGCUGCGAGUCCCCAAUCGCCGACCGCUUCCUGCUGCGCGUGAACGAGCGCUCCUGGCACGAGACCUGCGUCAAGUGCGCCGUGUGUUUGAGCGCGCUCACCGGGACCUGUUACUGCAGGGACCGGCUGCUGUACUGCAAGCACGACUAUGAGAAGCUGUUUGUGAGGAAGUGCAGCGCCUGCCUGCAGGUGAUUGGUCGCUCCGAGCUGAUAAUGCGCGUGCUGGGCCAGGUGUACCACCUGGGCUGCUUCAGCUGCUGCGAGUGUGAGCGCCGGCUGCAGAGAGGUGAUGAGUUUGUGCUGAAAGAAGGCCAACUGCUCUGCCGCAUGGACUACGAGAAGGAGAGGGAGAUGUUGGCCGCCAUCAGUCCGACGCCAACAGAAUCAAUGAAGAGUGAGGAUGAGGACGGUGGAGGGGGCUCCGGUGGGGGGAAAGGUGGUGAUGACAGCAAGGAGCACAAGCGUUCUAAGCGACCACGCACCAUCUUGACCACACAGCAGCGCCGCGCUUUCAAGGCCUCUUUUGAAGUGUCUGCGAAGCCUUGCCGCAAAGUGAGAGAGACACUGGCUGCUGAGACUGGACUGACAGUACGGGUUGUGCAGGUGUGGUUUCAAAACCAAAGAGCCAAGAUGAAAAAGAUCGCUCGUCGCCAGCAGCAGCAGCAGCAGCAGCAGCAGGAGCAGGAGCAGCUCGGAGGAACCAGGAGAGGACAGAGCAGAGGGGGCCGUCAGAGCAAUGACGACAGUGAGGAUGGAUCCAGUACUCAUGGCAUGGAUGGGAUUCUGGGAUAUGCCUCUCUGCCACGUCAGCAGCUACUCGCUCUGGACCCCAACAUCUACGGCGGGGAGCCGUUUCGGCAUGGGCUGACACCGCCGCAGCUGACCAGCGAGCAGCUCCACUCAUAUGACUCAGAGACCGUGUUCCAUGACCUGGACAGCGACGGGAGCCUCGGCCACCUCGGCGACUGCCUCCUAGCAGCAGGGGACGGCGGUCUCCUGCCAGGGCGAGUGGGAAACCCCAUCGACCGUCUCUACUCCAUGCAGAACUCCUACUUCACCUCCUGACCCUUAUAAACUCUCACCCUCUCCCGAUCCACCUUUCACCUCAGAGAUGCAGCUAAUGGAGUCAGUCCAACAACAUUGCCCGUGGGACCGCUCUCCAUGAAGCAGCCCACACCCAAACCCACUUCUGAGCUUUUAUCACCGGCCGAGAUUAUCGCGUCAAGUCAUAUUACUUUGCGGCCGAUUUGCAUAACGCCCCUACCGUUGUUUCUCGAUAAGAAUCAUAUGCUGGAAAUACAGACACUGUAAACGUCCAAGAUAUGUUAAAGGACCUCAAUUUCUCUUGUUGUAUUUAUGUGAUGUUCAAUGAAACGCAUUUCACGGCACUUCCAACAAAAAGCAAAAGACACCUAUCAAACAUAUAAAUAUCUAUAUCACGAAUUACAGGUGAAAUUUGGUCGUUGACAGUGAAUUCAUCAACCGAGUUACAUGUAUGUAGGAGUCUUACGAGCAGCUAAGGGUCUAUAAUUAAAUUAAUACACUGCUUAAGUUCUUCUUUUUUUUGUGACAGGACUAGUGAUUGAUUAUUGUGUGUGAAAGACUGCAGCAUAUACACUGUAUAUGGAUUGGCGUACAAUUUUGCUCUCAGGUUAGUGUGUAUGUUUAUGUAACCUGAGCCAUAACUCAGGAUAUUGUGCUGGAUAGGAUUACAAUUUAAGUCGCCCAAUGAUUUCAAGGAUUGUAACGAGGAAGAAACCAGGUGUAAAAGUUUCCUUUCAAUCCAUAUUAGUUUUUGAUCAUGCAUGUGAAGUAUAAUAUGGACCAAAAAAAAAAAUCUAAUUUUUUAGCAUUUCCUCAACACUACAGGGUCAUUUGAAGAGCCUUAUGCGGAAACAGGGUGGUGUAAGUUAUUAUUGUUUUGGCUUUCCUCUUUUAUUUGUAUUAUGUAAUUGCUAAGAAGCAGCACAGCAAAUGAUAACCAAUAGAUCUCUAAAGCCCAAAACGUAGGACACUGGGUACACGAUGGUGUACUCCAAAUGUAAACAUGAGUAUGACUGUGUUACAGUUAGUCGUUGUAGUCACUUUCUGUAAUUAUUCCUUUCUCGAACAUCGCAAAUUUAGAUGUUGUUAGGUAGAUAUUUUGUACAUUUUUCUGUGAUAAUCAGCAAAUAUUUAAACUGUAGCAUGAUAUCUAUGUGUCACCAAGUAGAUCUAAGGAAAUAGCCUCCGAACUUAAGUUGAAUAGCGCGAGUGUUUCCUGCAAAACGUCGGGAUCUGACUCACAAGGAGGGGCAGAAUAAAAUAGGAUUAUAGGAUCAUACCUGUUUCAUUACGGUGCCUGUGAUUGGCUACAGCUUGUGACAUUUCUUCAUGACAUUUUGUUUGGACUCUGAUCACUGACUCAUGGUAUUUUUAAAGUGAAUAUUUUUGUGAAUGUAACUUAUUUGUGCGGUAUUUAGGCCAAAAUCCUGUUUUACCUUUUUUUUGUUUUUGUUCAGUGACUUCCAGGUGAUGUGCUUUGAAUGUAAUGUUGCCGUAUCUUCAAUACAAUCUGCGGUUUCAUCUU